AUGCUCGCUCGCACCGCCCGCGUCGCCACCACCACCGCCCGCACCUCGGUCCUCUCGAACCAGGCCGUCGCCGGUCGCCGCUUCACCGCCAUUGACACCCGCGGUGGCAAGUCCAAGCUCAUCUACAGGUUCGGCAUGAAGGACAUCCCUGUCGAGCUUUACCCCCUUGGCUUUGUCGUCGGAAUGGGCCUUAUCGGUGGACUUGCUGCGUCGGCCAGGCACUUCAUGAUUGAUGGCGAUCUCCGCCUCAAGCGCUCCGGCUCGGCUUAA